UCCCUAAAUGGUCUUUUGUGUUACUCAUUAAGCAAAAUAAAAAAACAAAAACAUUAUGCUGUCAAGUGACAUUAACACCUUUCAAAACAAAGCUCAUUGUGUUUUAUGCUGUACGCAGAAUUAGUGAUAAUCUACUGUAGAUGAAUCUCCAACUUAAAGAAGAUGCAAAAUGUAAGUAGAAAUAUCCAAGAACUACAGAAAUGUGUCCUUAACAAUCAAAACUGAUGAACAACCAUAAAGAAAACAAACCUCAUGAAUCAAUGAAGUCAGAGGUAAAUGUGGUAGAGAUGAAAACCAUGUGUGAAGUUCUGCUAAUUCAAGUCUUAUGGUGAUUACAUAAAGAUCUUUUUGAAGCAACUGGGAUCGAGAAAUAUUUAAAGAGUUUUUGUUUAGCAUUACUUACUUCAUUAUAAUAUCUAUUGAACAUCUUAAGAUAUCCAGUACAUAUGUUGAAUAAAAAUCAUAAGAAGCUAAGCUUGGGUUUCUCCGGGUCAACUGAUGAUGAAGUCCUCUGAAGAUGUUUUCAUUAACGAGCAUUCAUUGUAAAUCUGUGUCAAUGGAAAACUAACAUACCUCUUGUUUUUGAAGAACCUUAAUAAAAUCCAGUAAUUACAUUAAGUCCACUUUAGUGGAUUAGUAAAACAAUCUAAGGGAUCUUCUGUAAGGUUUUGGACUAACAGGCGAGGUCAACGUUCCUCCCUGUAGUUAAACACAUUAGACCCUGGACACUAAGAUGUACCCAUAAUCCCUCAGUGGACCCACCUACACAGGUGAAUAUAAAGUCCAGAUCAGACAGCACACAGACACCAAACUUCAGCAAAGGAGAAUCCUGAACAUCUCCAUACACUGAGACAACAUGGAUCCAAGAGCCUCCUUCUCCAUUCUGAUGCUGCUGGUUGGCUUCUCCCAAGCAUUUAUUCUACCGGAGCAGAGGCUUGCAGAUCUGUUAAGAGAGCCAGAAGAUGUGGACAUCACAACUAAAAUCUUAGAGACCAACAAUGGAUCUACUGAAGUCUUGCUUGAAGGAGAUCUGGUGUUUCCCAAAACCAGAAAUGCUCUCAUCUGCUUAAGCAACAACUGUUUCUGGAAGAAAAAUGCCAACAAUCUAGUUGAGGUCCCUUACAUAGUGAGCAGUGAAUACACAUCUAAUCAGAUUAGUACUAUCCAGAACGCCAUGGCGUCCUUCGCCAGCAAAACCUGCAUCCGCUUUGUGCCCAGAUCAUCUCAGAUCGACUACAUCAGUAUUGAGAACAAAGAUGGGUGUUACUCAUCUCUUGGUAGAACAGGUGGCAAACAGGUUGUCUCCCUCAACAGGGGCGGCUGUGUGUACCAUGGCAUCGUUGAACAUGAGCUCAAUCACGCCCUGGGCUUCUACCACGAGCACACCAGGAGCGAUCGUGACCAGUACGUCAGGAUCAACUUCGAAAACAUCUCUCCUAAUAUGGCCUACAACUUCCAAAAAAAGAACACCAACAAUCAAAAUACUCCAUACGACUACGGCUCUGUCAUGCACUAUGGAAGAACGGCCUUCGCCAUCCAAUCCGGAAAGGAAACCAUCACUCCCAUUCCUAAUGCCUCUGUGCAAAUCGGACAGAGACAGGAAAUGUCAAACAUCGACAUCCUGAGGAUCAACAAACUGUAUGGAUGCUAAAGCUGAGGCUUUCAAAGAUGUAAUGUUACUGAUACAGUAGUUUAAUAGAGGUUAUGUGUAGAUGUUCUUUGUCUUUCAAUGGUGUUGGAUUUCUGAUUUUUAGAUUGUGUGUGGAAAAUAAACUUACUCAAAUCACAAGAUGUAGAGUGUGAAACUUGGUUUUCAUUUAAUUUACAAAUGCAUUUCACCAUCAAUUAUAACAGAAGAAAGA